UCCCUGGCGGAGUUGGUGGCUGUGCCAGCCCUGCAGACUGUUUGGAAUACUUGAAAUGCUUUGACACUCGGGCUGUGCUGGAUGGCAGGACGGCAGUUUACUGGGUAAUUCACAUGCAGAGCCGCACCAUAAAUCUCGGCGCUCAGUUGCCGUGGCACCACGGAGCGUUUCUCCGCGUACAGUACAGUAUUUCUGCCAUCUUUGUUUGCAUUGUGGUGAGUCAUCAAAGUCUGUCUUGUACCAACACCCGGAGCCGUGCAUUCCUCUGGCACCAGCACUCCACUGGUUUUAAAGCCGGGGCUGGAGCUGGCAUUUACUUGGGCUCCCAAGUCAAAGGCCGCUAUUCAUUCCCGAGAGCUGCUUGAAUGUCCGUCUGCAUCCGGCCGCUUCAUUUAGAUGCUGCGCGCUGCCCCGGAGAGCCGGGCUGGGUACAGCUGAGCUGCGGCCGCCGAGCCCAGCGCCGAGACUCUCUGCCCUGCUCCUCCUCCUCCUCCUCCUCCUCCUCCUCCUCCUCCUCUCCCGGCUCCUCGCGCCCUCCCCACCCCAAGGGCUCCCGCUCUGUUUGCUGCAUUCCCGGAGCAGCUGGCGAGCCUGCCCCUGCCAGGCGGAGCGGGCACUGCCGGGGCCACCGGCGGCAGCCGCCAAAGAUGUGCCCCGCUCGGGCGCUCCCGUGCUGAGUGUGAGGCGAGCCCUCUAGCGCCUGCCCGCCAUGUCUCAGCUGCUGCACAUCGAGAUCCCCAACUUCGGGAGCACGGUGCUCGGCUGCCUCAACGAGCAGCGCCUGCUGGGCCUCUACUGCGAUGUGUCCAUCGUGGUCAAGGGCCAGGCUUUCAAGGCCCACCGGGCCGUCCUGGCCGCCAGCAGCCUGUACUUCCGCGACCUGUUCAGCGGCAACAGUAAGAGCGCCUUCGAGCUGCCGGGCACUGUGCCUCCCGCCUGCUUCCAGCAGAUUCUGUCCUUCUGCUACACGGGCAGGCUGACCAUGGCGGCCAGCGAGCAGCUCGUGGUCAUGUACACGGCCGGCUUCCUGCAGAUCCAGCACAUCGUGGAGCGCGGCACGGACCUCAUGUUCAAGGUGAGCUCGCCCCACUGCGACUCGCAGACCGCCGUGAUCGAGGACGCCAGCUCCGAGCCCCAGAGCCCCUGCAACCAGCUGCAGCCGGCCGCCCCCGCAGCCCCCCCCUACGUCGUGUCCCCCUCCGUGCCCAUCCCGCUGCUGACCCGCGUGAAGCACGAAGCCACGGAGCUGCCGCCGGCUGCCGGCCCGGGCCUGGCCCCCAAGCGCCCGCUGGAGACGGGGCCCCGGGAUGGCGCCGCGGUGGCGGCGGGCGCGGCCCCCCUCAAGCUGCCCCGGGUCUCCUACUACGGGGUGCCCAGCCUGGCCACCCUCAUCCCCAGCAUCCAGCAGGUGCCCUACUCCCAGGGGGAGCGGACCAGUCCGGGGGCCAGCAGCCUGCCCACCACCGACAGCCCCACCUCGUACCACAACGAGGAGGACGAGGAAGACGACGAGGCCUAUGACACCAUGGCGGAGGAGCAGUACGGCCAGAUGUACAUCAAGGCCACCGGCAGCUACGCAGUGCAAGAGAAACCAGAACCCAUGCCGCUGGAGAGCCGCUCCUGUGUCCUCAUCCGCCGCGACCUGGUGGCGCUGCCCGCCAGCCUCAUCAGCCAGAUCGGGUACCGCUGUCACCCCAAGCUCUACUCAGAAGGGGACCCUGGCGAGAAGCUAGAGCUGGUGGCAGGCUCUGGCGUCUACAUCACACGAGGUCAGCUGAUGAACUGCCACCUCUGCGCAGGGGUGAAGCACAAGGUCUUGCUGAGACGGCUCCUCGCCACCUUCUUUGACAGGAACACACUGGCCAACAGCUGUGGCACCGGCAUCCGAUCGUCCACUAGUGACCCAAGCCGCAAGCCUCUGGACAGCCGGGUCCUGAACGCUGUGAAGCUGUACUGCCAGAACUUUGCCCCCAGCUUCAAGGAGAGUGAGAUGAACGUGAUCGCCGCGGACAUGUGUACCAACGCCCGCCGCGUGCGCAAGCGCUGGCUGCCCAAGAUCAAGUCCAUGCUGCCCGAGGGCGUGGAGAUGUACCGCACGGUCAUGGGCUCCUCGGCCGCCGGCCCGCCCCUCGACCCCGACUUCCCGCCCGCCGCGGCGCAGGUGUUCGAGCAGCGCAUCUACGCGGAGCGGCGGGCCGACGCCGCCACCAUCGUGGCUCUGAGGACUGACGCCGUGAAUGUCGACCUGAGCGCCGCCAACAACCCGGCGUUCGAGGCCGGCGAGGAGGCGGACGGGGCGGGCUCCGUCAUCCAGGAGGUGGCCGCGCCCGAGCCGCCGCCCGCGGCCGCCCAGAGCCCCCCGCAGCCCUUCGAGCAGGGCGGCACCAGCUCCAGCCGGCCGCAGACGCCCGCGGCGGCCCGGAGACAGGAGGCGUCCUACGCAGGGACCUUGUAGAGGAGCCACCGGCCCGCGGGACGGUUUUCCAGCUGCUUGCAUGCGUUACUAAUACAACAAAUGUGAUCAAGCCACUUAACCUACGGAACUGCUACUGUUGCCUGAAAAAAAUGUGAUUUUUAUCCUGCUUGUAUUUAAAGUUGAUGAAGGAAACACA